UCUUCUUCGAAAAUGUUCCUUUCGUUCUGUAACAUACAGAGGUUUUCCCUUUACCUCUACAGUUACUUUCUCUCCCAAGACCCACACACAAACUCCUAUUUGGGUGUCUCUACCUGUAACCAAAAGAUUCUCUUUCUCCAAAGAUCUAGCUUUUUUGGGUUUUGCAGGCGUAAUACGCGUCCCCUUCAUCCGUUGGUCACUGAUUUCGAGUGUACUAAAGACGGAAGCUGUAGAGAAAAAGCAGGGAUUUAACGGGGUACUGCACUUGACUAUAUAUGGAGGCUAUAAGGAAGCAAGCAAGCAGGUUUAGAGAACAGGUUGCCAAGCAACAGCAAGCACUACUGAAACAUAUUGGACAUUUUAGUAGUGACGCCUCUGCAGUUGAAGAAGCUGAACUUCAGUGCCACCAAAAACUUCGAAAUCUAUACCAUUCCACAAGAGCAGCUAAGCAUUUUCAGAGGAAUAUUGUUCGUGGUAUUGAAGGCUAUAUUUCUAUAAGUGCAAAGCAAAUGGAGAUAGCAAGGAAGUUGGCUGAAGAUUGUUGCAAAUAUGGAGCUGAGAACCAAAAUAAUGAUAACCGCAUUGCAAGAACUACACUUGACUUUGGUACGUCAUAUGAUUUGAUCGAAACAGAGAGGAAAACUUUACUUGGAAUCCUAAGAGAUCAGGUUUCUGAGCCACUACGCACGUUAAUAACAGGAGCUCCUCUUGAGGAUGCUCGGCACUUAGUCCGUCGUUAUGAUAGACUCCAGCAAGAGGUUGAAGCACAGGCAGCUGAAGUGUUGAGGCGUCGGUCAAAGACCAAAGAAUCAGAUGUAACUCCAGAGAGUUGCCUGAAGCUUCGAAGUGCAGAGGAAAGUUUGAAUGAGCUUAUAUCUACUAUGAAAGCACUUGGAAGAGAAGCAACUGAUGCCAUGUUGUCUGUUGAAGAUCAGCAGCAGCAGGCAACUUUUCAGCACCUUUUUUCUAUGGUAGAUGCCGAGAGAUCUUAUCAUCAACAUGUUCUGGCUUUAUUAGAUAAGCUAUAUGAUGAGAUGAGCCUGGAAGAGCAAAGAAUGCAGUCCUCAUCAAUGUUAGCGUCUACACGAAAAGAUGUGAAUAUCCCAACGGCACAUCAGGAUGCAAAUUCAAAUGGACCUGAUGAUCCAACUCAUAUUAAUCAAACUAAUGCUUAUUUUAUUGCGAAAGUUGUACACGCAUUCGAUGCUCAGACAGAAGGGGAGUUAAGUCUAUCAGUGGAUGAUUAUGUUGUGGUUCGACAGGUGGCUCCUACUGGAUGGUCUGAAGGAGAACUUAAGGGCAAAGCUGGAUGGUUUCCCUCUGCUUAUGUAGUGAGGCAGGAUAUAGCGCCAGCGAGCAAGCUCGUGGAUGAAAGCUCAACCGUGUCAACAGAAAAUCCCGCUUGAUGACCUAAUGGAUAGUUGUACAAAAAUCAUAUUGCCUACUGUAUAUGUAGUUCCUCGCUGCAUACCAAUUGCUAUGCCUUCAUCACCUGUAAAUUUCAAUUUUGCUUUAUAUACACAAUCAGUUUGUGCAAUAAACCAGCAUUUUCUUUUUGAACAGUCAAUUGUGAGUAAAUCACUCAUGAA